GGGUUACACUACCGAUAGCAUCACAGUGAUUCUGCUCCGUGGGUGAAACGUCUGCCUAGGAAAGCUGCAAGCCAACAACAUUCUCCUGGGCAAAACCAGCAGGUACACUCAGCAGCUAAGAGAGAACCUAGUAAUGCUUCAGAUGUUGCAUUCAGAAGGCUGGAAUCUUACCAACCAGGUCCUGAAGAACUAACAAACAGAUGACCACCCAUCAGAAUACGGAGGGGUUUUUAUUGCAUCCAGGCUGGAAUUAGCCCAAAGAUACUACUCAGAGUGGACAAUGAACAACACUGCUGAGUGCCAUGAUGAUCACACCCUGGAUAAGUAUUUAUUUCCACUUGUGUACAGCGUUGUGAUGAUCAUCAGUAUUCCUAUCAACUGCAUAAGCCUCUAUGCAUCUUGCAUUCAGGUGAGGAAGAAGAAUGAGUUAGCAGUCUACAUCUUCAGCCUAUCCCUGGCUGACCUUUUGUACUCUCUAAUUCUACCUAUGUGGAUUGAUUAUGCCUGGAAUGGAGAUAACUGGAGACUCUCUGCCUUGCUUUGUCAGAUUUCUGCCUUCCUUAUGUAUAUGAAUUUCUACACUGGUACUGCGUUCCUUGCUUGCAUCUCUGUUGACAGGUAUCUGGCAUUAGUUCACCCGCUGAAGCUCCAGCACUUGCGCACAAGAAGAUUUUCAUUGAUUGUCAGCAUAAUUGUUUGGCUUCUGGAAAGCACCUUCAAUUCAGUCAUAUUGGUAUACAAAGAAGUGUUUCAUGAUCCUUGUAAUUUCACUAAUCAUACAUUAUGCUAUGACAAAUAUCCCCUGGAAUGGUGGCAGGCACAGAUAAAUUUAUUCCGGAUAUGCUCAGGGUACCUGCUCCCUUUGGUAAUCAUUGUGUUUUGCUACCAUAAAAUCUACCAAGUAGUAAGGUGUAAUCAAGCUACGAUAGAUGAAGAAAAGAAAAAAGUAAGGAAACUUAUUCUGAAUAUCACAGUUACUUUUGUUGUUUGCUUCACUCCUUACCAUGUUAUGCUAUUUAUUCGCAGCAUCAAAGAACCUUACACCAGUGACCCACAGCUUUUGCAGUUGAUGUAUAAGGUUUACAGAGUCACACAGGCCUUAACAAGUUUGAAUUGUAUUGCUGAUCCCAUUCUUUACUGCUUUGUGAGUGAAACUGCACGAGCAGACAUACUGAAUUUGCUCAGGUGUUGCUUGUGCAUACAAAAGCGUGAGGGAGACCAAGUGAAAGACCAUGCCCUGUGCAGUUCUGCUAUAAAGAGCAGUGAACUGAUCAUCUCCAGAACUUUCUGUGAAAUGGAGUCUGUCAAAAAUUCCUGA